AUGGAAGUAGGCGACUAUGAGACCAACACGUUGGCGGUCAACAACAUCGCUUCCAUUGCCUUCCGUGUCUACCGCCCCGUCGCUGCGGCCUCGGCGUCUGCGGCGCUCUUUACCUUUUCGCCCUCGGACGUCGAAAAGGCCCUGCGCCACGAUGGCCAUCUCGUCUUUGCCGACUCGCGCCGCCAAGGCAUUUGGUGCUUCCGGCUUCUGCGCAAGGACGGCUCGCCCAUUGGCUCGCCCACCAAGUCCGAGCUCGGCACGACCAUCGACGUCGGCCCGUACAAGCUCACAACCGUCUCCGACGGCACCUUUGACCCCGGCAGCCUGGUUCUGGGCAAGCCGGCAGCGAGCACCAGCGCCAACCCCGUGAACACGCCCAGCAGCUCGGCAUCGUCGUCAGCCACAUCCAUCGCGCUGCACACCUCCUUUGGCCUGUCUGGGCUGCCUGGCGUGGUCGAUGCACCGGCGUCACAGGCACAGGGGACGGCCGGGAGCAAUGGAGGCGCUGACCGUGACGGGACGCCAAACGGCGGCACGGCACACGUGGCACACGCGGCACACGCGGCACAGGGGACGCAAGGAACGCAAGGCGGCUCGCAGACACAAGCACAGGCGUCCGAUCCACGAUCUGCUUUCCCCGCCGUGCCGACCAAGGUGGUCUACAACUUCUUCAUGUCCGCCGUCCUGGCCAGCCUGUCGACCGCGUACUGCUCAAACGCCAAGGCCAUUGCCCUCAACAACCGCACCUUUUUGCUGCCGCCGCUCGACCCGCUGUGGGACGGCCGGGAGAGCAGCCGCACCGACAGCCGCUCGCUCGUCGCCACGCUGCGCAUUACUCUGACGACCGCCGGCGCCUUGCUGGUCAGCUUGUCGCAUUCGCUGUUGCGCGGUAUGGGCUGCUCCGAGUGGGAGUGCUACGCCGGCGUGCCGCCGCCCGGCUCCGCUGUUCUGACCGCGCCUUGGGGCAAGUUUGCCACCGUACAGGACGCCUACCCGCCCGUCAUGUCCGCCGACGACAGCCGCUAUGCCGUGGCCCGGUUACAACGCAACGGCGUACCCUUGCCGGCCGUGCCCCAUGUCUGGAAGAGCUUCGCCGCCAAGAUGCUGGAGAUGCGCGGCACGUCGGCGUCUGUUCUGCAGGACUCGACGUGGCUGCAGCUCGAGUUUGUGCUCGACGACAAGACGCCCAAUGGCAAUGACAGCGACAACAGCGGCGGCAACUCGGUCGUCAUCCUGUGGCCCUCCGUCCUCUGCUUCUGGUGUCUGGAGGACGCACUGGUCACGGUUGCGCCCUUCCAGCGGCUCGACCCGCUCGCCGAGCUGCGUGAGGCGUAUUUGGAAGAGCUGCGGGCGGAAGAAGCCGCCUUGCGGUCCAAGGAGGCCGCCAAGGAAGAGGAUGUCGCCCCCGAGGACGUUGUCAUGGAAGACGUGCAAACCGUCUCGAGCAUCGGCAAAGGGACACAGUCCGACGGCCCUUCGCCUGUUGGCUUGCGGCACAACCUAGUCGGGCCAGGAGGGCCAGGAGGGCCAGGAGGAGCAGGCGGAGCAGGAGGGGCAGGAGGAGCAGGAGCCACGUCCGCAACAUCCGCAACGUCCGCUGCCGGCGCCAUCUACCCAACACCGCCCGAUGGUAUUCUCAGUCUGGUUGGUGCGACACCGACGUUUGAUGGCGCGACGUCGAGUCCCGGGAACGCCAUGGGACCCAGCGCGGGUCCCGCGGACCUUGAUGCUAUCCCGGCCGAACGGCCGAGUGGCGCCGAGGAAGGCUUUGGCGACUGGCCGAGCAUUGGCGCCCAGCAGAACGACCAGGACCAAGACCAAGCCUUUAUGGGCGAGCCCGACAACUUGCUGGGCGGCGACCUUGGCGCGGACAUGUUCGGCGACGAUAUUACGGACGCUGAUUUUAACUUUUUCGACGACACGAAGCAAGCGGAUGCUGCCACGGCCGCCAGCGCCACGGGAGCAGCCGGUCCAUCUGCUCUCGCCCCGGACAAGAUGGACGUAGACGUCAGCAGUCGACCAAGCGAAAUGCCGGCAGACGACACACUGCCAGAUGCCCAUGCGCAGCCCAUGUCGCAAGCGGACUCAAAUAUACAGUCAGAAUCACAACCGCAACCGCAGCCACAAAAUCAAAAUCAAAAUCAAAACCAAAACACACCUUCCAUGCCCCCUCCUCCACCACCGGUACAGCAACCACCAUCCGACCGUAAAUCAAACGAGACAGUCGGCGAGUCAUCCAACAAGACGCCCGGGUCGCCCGUCUUUGCAAAGCCAGAGCUGCGGCACGCACGGAGCAAUCUCAGCGACGCCAGGAAAGGCAGCGGCAAACGAUCGCCGAGCCCGUUCAAUGCCGUGACGGUCUUCAAGCGCGUCCGCGCCAUUGCCGAGGCGAACAAGGCGCUCCCCGUCGGUGCAUUACGGCAACCUCGCCCCCAACAACCCGGCAAGCUAUUUGAAGGCCUCAAGUUCACCGAGUUUAUGAUCCAGAACAGCAAAAAGUACGAGCUGAACGGCAAGUUCGGCUUCAGCUGGCCCCAUCCGGAAGCCGACAUGCUGUCCGACCUGUCCUCGGCAACGUCGCCGACCGCCUUUCGUCGGCCGCUCAAGAAACGCCCGGGCCUGUCGGAUGCGUCUCCGCAGUUUGCGUCCCUCAUCUCCAGCAUCACGCGCGGCCUCAAGUCGAGCUCGCUGCACGCCGCGCCCAGCCCGCGUCUUCUCGAAGACCUCGAAGACGGCGGCGACACAUCCUCCAACGCGUCGAGCACGAGCUCGUCGUCCGACGACUCAGACGACGACGAAGCGCCCCUGGCGGUCACCGCCGUACACAGGAAGAUGCGUGCGCGCGCCAUGGCCGAGCUGAUUCCGUCACCCGAGGCCGCCACAGAGCUGUCCCGCGCCUACAGCGAAGGCGUCUGGGACUUUCCCAUUGCCCGGUUCUUUGCCGAGCCGCUGCCACAGCCGACGGAGCUGAACUACGCAGACGACGACAUUGCCGACGUGGCGCAGAUCCUGACCCAGCAAAUCACGCGCGCGACCAUCCGAUCCGUCUUUGACGAGGACGACGGCCAGAACCUGCAAAAGUCCAAGCUGCGCCAGACCCUUCUGCAGCGUGUCCGCUACUCGGUCGCGACCCUCGAGGACUCGCUGCCGGCCUCGCUGGACGGCGCAUCCCGCUGUGCGCUCAAGCCGUACCUCGACGUCCAAGAUGCCCUGCAGCUGGCGCCACCCGGUCGGCUACAUCCCCGCGCGCCGCCCGGGUCCGAGCAGCGCAUCCCAAACCUCUUUCCGGCGCCCACGCCGCUUGUUGGCAUCCGGCGCAACGAGUCGACGCUGUCCAUCAAGCCGACCGGCAUCGAGUUCUGGGAGGUGCUGGGCCUGGAGCCGCUGCACGGGCCAAAGGACAUCCGCGCCGUCUGUGCCUACCCCAACUACCAGGGCCUGUCCAGCGACGUCGCCCGUUUUCUGGAUCGCAUGCGGAUCGUCUACGAAUCCCUGCGGCUGGGCGCCCACGAGCCGCUGUCGUUCAAGGCCAGCGUUGUCGACGGCAUGGUCGCCUUCAACAGCAGCCUCUCCUCGUCGUCGCCCCUGUCCCAGUCCACGCCCGGCGCCGAGUUUUCGGGCGUCGACCAGGUGCACAAGCUGGCACAAGCCCUGGCGGCCGAGGACUCGCCCGGCAAGAGCUUGGUGGUCUACUUUGUGUACUGCCCGGAGAUCACGACGGCGAUUGUCGAUGCCUGCCUGGCCUUCCAGCGGCUGUCGCAGCUCUACGACAUUGCGGUGACGAGCCGCAGCUCCGAGCCCAACGACCUCGUUCUGCAGCUCAUCCCCGCCGACUUUUUGUCCUCGCCGACGUCCCUCGCCGUGCCUACGCCGACCGAUCUGCUGCGCCUCUCUCUCGAGGUGUACGACCGCUGUGCUAGCCUACGUGGGCCUAAGCCGGCGCCGGCGUUCCUGCUCGAGCAGCCGCCUGCGCGCAACCUCGACCUAAAACUGUCGUCGACGCCGCUCGUAGAUGUGCAGCGGGAGAACUCGUGCAUCCACGUGGCCUACGCCGCGAGCGCCGACGAGCGCUGGAUCACGGCCGCGUGGACCGACAACAGCGGGUGGCGACAAUUCAGCUCGGCCUACUGGAUCGGGCGCAAAGACGCACGCGACGCCGCAAACUCGUUUGACGCCGUUGCGCGCGAGAUCUGGACCAACACGUGCGCCAUUGUCUCCAAUCUCAAGGUGCACUGGCGGGCCAUUGUUGCCAAGUGCGGCCACAUGGAUCCCGACGAGAUCAGCAUCUGGUCCGAGCUGGCCAAGGCGGAGACGCGUGCAUCCAUCAGUCUGACGCUGGUGUCUGCCGAUACCCAGCCGACGCUGGAGCUGCUUCCGCCGAUUGCCACGGUGGUUCCAACGGUGCUGUCGCAGCUGUCGGUCCAAACUCUUGCGCAGACACCGCAAGCGUCGGUGUUCUCGCCAGAGCAGAGCGGGAACCCUGUGACGCCGGCCGGCGGCAGCUUUGCAAACAACCCCACGACGCCGGCGGCCGGUACACCCGCCGGCGGCGGUCCCACGCCGGCCACGCCGGGCGGCGGCCAGCUCGGGAAGGCCGGUGUCGCGGCCCCGAACAGCCCGGCGAUUCCCAAUACGCCGUCUGGCGCCGGUGCAAGUGCCAACGCAACGGCCACAACAGCCGCCGUCGCCAAUGCCAAUGCCAAUGCGAAUGCCAUUGCGAAUGCCAACGCCAGCAGCAACGCCAACAACGAUGCCAGUGCCAAGCUGGCCGCUGCCGGCGCCGACCCCAACACCGUCGUUGACAUUGAGGGAAAUGUCGUCCUUGUCGACGUGACCGACAAUACCUGGAUCGCCGUGGCUGCGCACCGCCUGAACACGGCCUCCACCUGGGUCGACCUGCAGCCGGCGCUUGUCAGCGGCUAUCUCAUCAAGCGCGGCGGCAUCGGUCGCGACGACGCGCCCGUUGUCCUCGAGGUCAACAUUGUCCACGUCGACCCCAAGCACCGCGUCAGCGACGCCCUCGCCCGCGACAUCCUCACCUCGUACCGGGCGCUGGGCACCCUGGCACGCGUUCGGGGCAUCCUCGACAGCGAGCGCGACGCGCGGCCGUGGCACAUUGCCGCCGCCGAGCGGGCCGCGCGGGCGCUCUGUCGAUGGAUGUAG